CCUCAUUCUUCCAUCACGCGUUCAGCAUUUCCUUCAGAGCAUUUUUCUUUAAAAGCCAAGGCCGCAGUCACAGGUGCUCACAUGCGGUAGGCACCAUGUCUGUCUCUACCAUCCUGCUGCCGCUGUUACUGCUGGUUUCUGGAUCCUCAGCCACCCACUUCCACGGAGGGACCAUGACCUUUAACCCCAAAGGAGUCAACGCAGACGGAUUCUACACGGUGGACAUUCGCUUCAAGUUGGCCCUUCACACGACGUGUUCCACUACAGCCUGGGCUAACCUCUGGACAUGUACGAGUGGAAAUUGUGGCAAUAUUAGCAGCACUGCUCUGUAUAACCUGGACAGUAGCAGUGGAGACUGGUGCCAGUGGGAAGAAGUCAUGAUUAGAAAUGUUGACACCAACCUACCUUUUAUACUUGAACUGUCUGGUGGUAACUGGAUCAACACCUAUGUUGGAGAUAUAUCAUGGAGACUAAGAACUACGGUGGAUCUGGGAGUGAGGUCUGACACAGGGACAGCCAACAGAUCCCCACAGACCACAGUCAUACCUCUUCUGCUAGUUCCAGUGAAUUGUCCCAGGGAUUUUCAGUUUUUGGCCCAUGAUCCAGAUGGAGACCUGGUUCAGUGCAGAUUUUCUCUAUCUGGGAACCAGGAGUGUGCUACUUGUUCACUACCAAGCUUUUUUACACUGAAAUCACCAUGCACGCUAUCUUACUUGAACACUUCCAUCUCGGCUGAAAACACGUACGCGGUGCAGCUUAUGAUGGAGGACUUCCCCACUGCGUCUAUAACCCUGACCUACAAGGAUGGCUCGCAGUCCAACCGCACUUCCUUGUUAAGCCCUCUCAGCAAGUUGCCCGUACAGUUUGCAGUCAGAGUUGGGGCUGCAGUGCCCUCCUGUGCAGAGGGGGAAUAUCUCCCCAGGUUCCUGUCCCCGACGCCGGCCUACGGAACCCACUUCUACGUUGCUGUCAACAACACACUGCAGAUCUCAGUCAGGGCAGAGGUCAAUUUUUCUAGGUGAGGAAAAUACACUGUAACUCAUGUAUUCACCACUAAGAGGCAGCGUGUACUUUAGAUCAAUCAGUCUGCCUGUCUAGGAAUGAUCCUACAUAUCUCAAGUGUAGAAUAAUACUUAUGGGAAUGUGUUGUCGUGGUUUUUUAAGUGUUUCCGAGCUUCUGGUCAGUGGUCCGCACGAUUUUAUAAAAACCACAACUGCACCUGGACAGUUCAAAAUAAGAUGGACACCAACAGCAGACAACAGACAGGACCAUCCUAUCUGCUUCGUCUCCCAGGCACUAAGUAAUUCCGGCGCAAAAUAUCACUCUGAGCUCCGUUGUGUGAUCGUCACUGUUGGAAACCUAUAUACCACACUAGGACCUGAAACUACAACAGAGAUUUUCUCAACUGCCACAAAAACACCCACAACUACCGCAGAAACACCCACAAUUACCACACAAGCACCCACAACUAUCACACAAGC